CCGAGCGCGGCCCCCGCCCCGCCGCCGUACCUGGCCAGCGCCCCUCCCCCGCGGGGAGGGUCCGACGGCCGCGCCCUGCGGGGUCGCCGCGCUCCAGCUCGGCCGCCGGCCAGGAUCGCGCCGGGCGUCGGGGCCAAGGAGCCGGGCCAUGCUGGGCCGGCGACGCGUCUUCACCGUGGAGCCGCUCGGCGGCCGGGAUGGGACUGGCGAGGAGCUGGCGCACGGCUGCGUGGUGCCCGGAGUCACCAGCACCUAUAGACGGAUCUCAGACGCCGAUCAGGGUGGCUCACCCGCGUCCGGGCAGGGAGACGAGGAACUGAGAGCCCCGGGGAGGCAGGUGCCCAUUCUCAAACUGGCCUCUCGAGACUCGGGAGUGGAGAUGGCCCUUGGGGAUGGCCUCCUGGCCACCUCUGUGGGCCUUUACCAAGACUCUUUGGACUUUGAGCCCACAAGGGGCCCCGAGUCCCCUGCCCACCUCGGCCGGCUCCGAGCCAGCCGGAAGCUGGAGCAGGUGCUGGAACGCUCCCGCCAGCUUACCGCUUCCCCUGCCAGCACGUUACGACGACACGUCCGCUCCCCGGAGCCACCACGCAAGGCUGAGUGCGAAAUGGGCCUUUUUGGAGCAGGGACACAAGAGACCCUGGAGGUAGACAUGGAUCCUGAAGGCAGCCUGGCAGAAGCAGCAGUGGUUGGGGCCUGCCUCCCCGGGCAGGGUCUUCGCUACCUGGAGCACCUCUGCCAGGUGCUGGAGCAGAUGGCGCGGCUCCAGCAGCUCUGCCUGCAGCUGCAGCCCCGGCAGCCCGCGGUGGACUCUGAGGGCGAGGCGGCCCCCCCAGCUCCACCCUCUGUCGCCCCUGGCAAUGAAGUGCAGGAGUCCUGGGAGCUGCUCAGCCUGAAGGAAACUGCAGAGACAGGGGCAGCGGCAGCUUUACUGCCAGAGGUGGAGGAACCCAGCGCCAACCCCCCCAGGCUGCUGGAGGACCCAGCAGAGCCAGAGCACCCCUUUCCAGCCUCCCAGGGACACAGGGUCAAGGUCCUGCUCAGGCGGAUCCGCUGGAGGAACCCUUGGCGCCCAGAGACCCCCACCCCACCUGAGGACUGUGCCCCUGAGAUGGAAUCAAGGAACCUACCUGAGAGGUCACCGCGAGGCCUUCUCCGAAAGACCUUUAUGCCAUCAUUAGUGGUUAAGAAGCAGCGAGCAAAAAACCUGUCUGUGUGCUGAGGCUGUCCCGUGCAGGGUGUGCCCCUGCUCUUUGCCCUGUUGCUGCUUCUCGUCACUGCCAGGAAUCGCUGCUGCCACUGCCUGGUCUGUGUCUCAGAGCGAGGCUCGAGGCCUCCUCCCAGCCGCCUGCGCCGAGCCCUGCUUUCCCCGAGAGGCUCCGAGGGGGCUGCGGUUCCCAGACUCCUCCCACAAUGCCAGAAAUCCCUGGGUUUAGACAAUGUGAACUUAUUUAUCAGGCAUCCAGGGGGUGUGUCUGGUGCGGUGAUCUGUCUGGGCCCAGCAUGUCGGCAGAUGUGUAUUUAUGCAAAGUCACAUUUAUGGAUACGUACGUGUGCACAUGUAUAUACAGUGAGACUCCAUUGUGAAAUGGCCGGACCCGACCAUCUCCUGAAUCAUCCACUGCCUGGGUGAGGUCACUGCAGAAGGAUGUACUCGCCUCCAUUCCUCAGCGACUGCUCCUGGGUCCUGAUGCUACGCUGAGAGUCUGGCCCAUGGACCAGAGCUGCCCUGCUAGGAGCAGGAGGUUUCCAGACCCAACGUGGAGAAAGCGAGUUAUCUUCAAGGUGAACCUCGGCUGCUGUGCUCCCUACAAGCCUUUACACAUCAGCGCAGGAAUCAGAAGCCCAUACUAGUAUUUAAACCUUGUCAAAGUCCCUUAACUUUUCUGAGCCCCAGCUUUCUACUUAACCUCCCAGAUGGUAUAACGAUGCCCACCCUAUCUACCUCAC